CAUGAUGACACAACAUAUUCACAAAGAGAAACCCUCAUUUUCACACAGGUGCCAGCUCCACAUGAGCUCCAGUUAUGAGUAAAGAGACAGAGGAGAAAAUCGAGCUGAGGGGAAGUCACAGCAGUGUGUGUCUGAGGCCGUGAGGUCAGCUGGAAAGAUUUUCUCAGGAGGCGAGGGAGGAAGAGCAGAAGGAAUGAGGGGAGGAAGGAGUGACGCCAUUUAGCACUACCUGCUCUGUGGCAGGGCGAACAGGACAGGUGUGAAGUUAAAGAUUGGUGCUGUUGUCAUGGCGAGGCCAGGGCGUCCUGCGUCUGAGAGCUACCAGCCAGUCUGCUAUUCAGUCACUCAAUCUGCCUCUUACUCCAGUGAAGUUCUGGUUGCGAGAGCAGAGGAUGCGGAUGACCAAGCACCCAUUUUCUCCAUCUCUAAGAGCUCCAUGGAUGUGGUCAUGGCGACGGGGCCGCCGCACAAGCGGGACCCCGCCUGGACCUGCAUGGACCUGAGACGCAGCUCCAGUACCAACACACACUCUGAGCAGAACUCAGUGAUGAUGCAGCAGCUGCACCCUCGCAUGUGGCAGUGCCUCAACACCAACAACACCCACCAGAUGUCAGUUGAAGCCCAAAACGUGGACAUGCACAGCCCUCCUGCCCUCAGCGAGCGCUGGAUCACCAACAUGCAUCGCUGGAGUGCGUGUAGCAGCAGCACACACAGCCGCAGCAGCACUCCAGACACAGUUGUAUGGAAAAGCGGGACCUCGUGCCCCUCAAGUCUAACCCAGGACACCCCUUGUUCUUCCAUGUCCAAACCAACCUCUCCUCAAGCCACAUCCUCUUCCUUCAUCUCCCCCCUGACGACACCACCUUUACCCCCUGAAGACCUUUUAACUUCUUCUUCAACGCUGACCCUGAGCACACAUCAGCAGGAGGACUUACUUGUGUCCUCACCUGCACCCUCUCCACUGCCCUCACCUCUGCCGGCUCACACCUCCUCACCCUUGCCGUACAACUCCCCCGAUCUCCUCCGGCUCACCAGCGCAGAGGAUGAGGGCUUCCUGGAGAAUAACUCGCUUUCUUUUACCUUCCCCUCCCCGAUCCCAUCGUCUGUUAGCUUAGCAGGAGGAGGUGCACCAUUAGACCCUGGCUGCCUUGUUGAUGACGUGAUAGAAGACCUGCACAGUCCUGGAGGCACACAGUUAUCAGACAGCGGAGGAAUGAGAAGCCCUGUGCAGAUGUUAAACUACCUGUCGCCUAAUUCCCCAGCACAUUCACAGGAAUCAGAAAGAGGAGGCUCAGUUUGUCAUCUUCAGCUACCGGGGCGAAGCCUUCCAACAGGCCGAGACAGGAGGUCACCCCUGGUUUCUUCUUUCAGUGACUCAUUAUUGGGUGACGGCUGCAAGUGCAAGUUGAACGCCAGAGAGGGCAUCACAAAGGCUCAGGUGUUCAGGGAGGAAGGCACGAUGACUUCACAGCUGGAUCUGGUGGACGCAGCGGUGCAGACGAUCACUCCCAUCAGCUCCUUCUGGGGCCUCAAGAAGAACAUGUCCAACUCCAACAUGGGCUCCCACUCCCUAUUGGGCUCGCCUCCUGGAUCGAGACUGAACCUGAAUUUCUCAGUGGGGUCCCACUCCAAUCUGGUUUCCCCGUCCUCCAGUAUGUUCCCAGCCAGCAGCAGCGAGGAGGAGGAGGAGGAGAGGCAAGGGGACAACCCGGAGUGGGACAUUAAUUCUGCCGCCUUGCGUGAUCUGGAGAGGAAGAGGUCGUGUCUGAAGAGCCAGGGGGAGGACAAAGGCCAGAUGGAGAGGAGGAGCAGCAUGAAGCAGGUGCAGUGGGACGAGGACGGCAUGACAUGGGACAUUCAUGGCGCAUCCGUGGACCCGGAGGCGCUAACUAUGGCCAUACAGAAACAUCUGGAGCUCCAAAAUAGCCCCCGACCUCUGAGACAUAGCUCGAAGAAGAAGAGAGCACCGAAACCUCCUCUCAUAUCGAAUGUGGUGAAGGCCAUGACCCCAGAACUUCAUCCGCCUGUGAUGGUCAUUACCUCAACCUGUAUGGUGGAGGGUGAAAAGGAGGAGACAUCAGAGGUGGACAAAGGGCAGAAGGAGGUGGAGGAGGAAGGAGCAGGAAAAAAGGAGGAAACAGUCGAGGCUGUUCGUAGAAUAAGCAAAGCAGAGGGAGCCAAUGCAAAAGAAGAGAGUGAGGUGUAUGGAGAGGAAGGCACCAGACGUCCUAAAUCACCCUCGCAUGGGAGCGGACACAGCCGCAAGAGGAGUGUGAUCCGGUCGCUGAGGAGGCCUGGGUGGUGUGGAGGCUCCAAAAAGACAGAUGACUGAACCCGGAGACUACGCUAAUGGCUGUUAAUCCACAGCUGAUCAGUUUGCACUACUAAUAAACUCACAGACAGUGGGAGGAACUCUUGACAACAGCAGAUGAAACUAAAUGAAAGUGAGAGCUCCUCCCACUUUCAUUUAGUUUCAUCUGCUGUUGUCAAGACUUUCUUUUCAUCAUUUGGUAAAAAGGUGGGGCAUAAUUUCCUCUCAUGUCCCAUUGGCCCAUUCUCAGUCUCAGGAAGUCAAAUACCACCAUUUCUUCACACCCCUUGGCGUGUGAUGUCGAUGUCGAAGGCUACUUUUAGCAUCUUUGUGCAACCCUGUCUCCUAGAAAUUACUUUUUUAUGUCACCAAACUGCUUUCUUAAUUAAUCACUGACGUUUCCUUCAGGUAACGAAACACUACAUUCAUGUACCCCAUAUAUGGAUGGAUUACUGAAUAGGCCCAGUGGGCGCAGGCCCAGGGGCCCGCCUGGCCAUCUGAUGAGGAGCGUGAAGCUUGAAACGUCAACUCGUUAGUAAUCUAAUUAAAAUUUUUGGAAGCAUUGUCUACACUUACUGUCCAAGAGGAGACUCCGAAGCCCCAUCUCCACCAAACACUUUCAGUAUUGUACCUUUGGAACCAUAAGUAACCCUUCAGACAUGGUACCUAGACCCUAGUGUUUCCCCUGCAAACAGUACUCUUAAAUGUGGGCGGGGCUGUUGUCACUCACUGCUCUGUCCAGCACUCACUGUAUUUCCUUAUUACCGGUGACACAGAUGGAAGUCUGUCAUUUAUCGUGCACAGAACGGUAUGGUACGGUUCAGUUCAGUUCAGUACGCGUUUGUGCAUUUAGUCCUUCUCAGGCAAGCUCAAGGGUGUGAAAAUUUAUCAGUAUUUGACGACCUGGGAUAAGAACAGGUUGGUCCCAUACAAGCUGUCCUAACCUGUUGUUUGAGGGUUUUUAGGGUUGCAUGCAGCCUGAGAGGAAACAUACCUGCGACUCUACUCAAGGCUGAAAAAGUACUUCCACCUCUUCUGCAUGUUCUUCAGAUACAUUUUAUCUAUGUAAUUUUAUUUACAGUUAGAAAAGGGCUGGUUGUUGUAAAGAUCCAAACACUUUAUCAUUUAUAUUAAGGAUAUAUAAACAGUCCAUAUGUGUUUUAUUUUUUACUUCAUUGUGUCCCUCUUUAUUCUGCCCACUUCUGAAAACUAACCUGCAUUUCUAGUGAAGUCUUCAUGAAAGUCAAGACUUACCUGUGAAUCAAUCAAUCAGCAACCAGGAGGUAAUAUAUGUGUUCAUGUAGAUACUCAA